GCGCGCGCCCGGGUGAGGGCCGCGCUUCGUACCUGGGACUUUCCUGCCAGGACUCUUACUUUGGGAUCUAAACUUUUAGUUUCUAGGAUACCAGCUUACUGGGUUUGAGAGAACAUUUGGCCAGCACGUAUAGAUAUCUGAUGAUAAUUGCAGACAGUCUUUAUUACACCCUCAAAGCAAUGCGACAAGAUAAUGGGAGUUGAAAUGGAACUCUCUGAAUUCAUUUGACUCCAACGGUUUUCCUUACCAAAAAACAAAGUGUGCGUAAAACCUAAAAUUGUCCACUAGUAGCGGACGAAAGAUCGGCAACAAGAAUUUGAGCCUGGAACUGAGGGGAAGAUGCUUCCCUGCAGGCACCCGGCUGGCACUAUCCGGCAAGAGAGAAGGCUGGAAAAGCCUUCUGGGCGGGGUGCGCAUCCUCCUCCGUCCGGGACAGAGGCUGCAAAAUGGCGCCCACUAGCUCCGUAGGAGAGGCCUUGAGGUGGACUCGCCCAAUAGGAAUGUUUGGGGGCGGGACGCUUUCCCAGCACGCCCUCUAAGAGCUUGGGGCAGGGCUUCCUGUAGGUAGCGCCCUUCCAUUGGUCAAAAAUGGAACCGGGGUUGCGGGAGAAGCCAAACGCGGCGAGUCUUGCUAAAGCCGUCGCCGUAGCAACGCGCGGAGCCGUCUGGGAGAGGCCUCUGGAGCAGGAGGCCCAGUGGCUCUUCUGACCCAAGGCCCCGCCGUCCAGCUUCUAAGUGCCAGAUGAUGGAGGAGCGUGCCAACCUGAUGCACAUGAUGAAACUCAGCAUCAAGGUGUUGCUCCAGUCGGCUCUGAGCCUGGGCCGCAGCCUGGAUGCGGACCAUGCCCCCUUGCAGCAGUUCUUUGUAGUGAUGGAGCACUGCCUCAAACAUGGGCUGAAAGUUAAGAAGAGUUUUAUUGGCCAAAAUAAAUCAUUCUUUGGUCCUUUGGAGCUGGUGGAGAAACUUUGUCCGGAAGCAUCAGAUAUAGCGACUAGUGUCAGAAAUCUUCCAGAAUUAAAGACAGCUGUGGGAAGAGGCCGAGCGUGGCUUUAUCUUGCACUCAUGCAAAAGAAACUGGCAGAUUAUCUGAAAGUGCUUAUAGACAAUAAACAUCUCUUAAGCGAGUUCUAUGAGCCUGAGGCUUUAAUGAUGGAGGAAGAAGGGAUGGUGAUCGUUGGUCUGCUGGUGGGGCUCAGUGUUCUCGAUGCCAAUCUCUGCUUGAAAGGAGAAGACUUGGAUUCUCAGGUUGGAGUAAUAGAUUUUUCCCUCUACCUUAAGGAUGUGCAGGAUCUUGAUGGUGGCAAGGAGCAUGAAAGAAUUACUGAUGUCCUUGAUCAAAAAAAUUAUGUGGAAGAACUUAACCGGCACUUGAGCUGCACAGUUGGGGAUCUUCAAACCAAGAUAGAUGGCUUGGAAAAGACUAACUCAAAGCUUCAAGAAGAGCUUUCAGCUGCAACAGACCGAAUUUGCUCACUUCAAGAAGAACAGCAGCAGUUAAGAGAACAAAAUGAAUUAAUUCGAGAAAGAAGUGAAAAGAGUGUAGAGAUAACAAAACAGGAUACCAAAGUUGAGCUGGAGACUUACAAGCAAACUCGGCAAGGUCUGGAUGAAAUGUACAGUGAUGUGUGGAAGCAGCUAAAAGAGGAGAAGAAAGUCCGGUUGGAACUGGAAAAAGAACUGGAGUUACAAAUUGGAAUGAAAACCGAAAUGGAAAUCGCAAUGAAGUUACUGGAAAAGGACACCCACGAGAAGCAGGACACACUAGUUGCCCUCCGCCAGCAGCUGGAAGAAGUCAAAGCGAUUAAUUUACAGAUGUUUCACAAAGCUCAGAAUGCAGAGAGCAGUUUGCAGCAGAAGAAUGAAGCCAUCACAUCCUUUGAAGGAAAAACCAACCAAGUUAUGUCCAGCAUGAAACAAAUGGAAGAAAGGUUGCAGCACUCGGAGCGGGCGAGGCAGGGGGCUGAGGAGCGGAGCCACAAGCUGCAGCAGGAGCUGGGCGGGAGGAUUGGCGCCCUGCAGCUGCAGCUCUCCCAGCUGCACGAGCAAUGCUCAAGCCUGGAGAAAGAAUUGAAAUCAGAAAAAGAGCAAAGACAGGCUCUUCAGCGCGAAUUACAGCACGAGAAAGACACUUCCUCUCUACUCAGGAUGGAGCUGCAACAAGUGGAAGGACUGAAAAAGGAGUUGCGGGAGCUUCAGGACGAGAAGGCAGAGCUGCAGAAGAUCUGCGAGGAGCAGGAACAAGCCCUCCAGGAAAUGGGCCUGCACCUCAGCCAGUCCAAGCUGAAGAUGGAAGAUAUAAAAGAAGUGAACCAGGCACUGAAGGGCCACGCCUGGCUGAAAGAUGACGAAGCGACACACUGUAGGCAGUGUGAGAAGGAGUUCUCCAUUUCCCGGAGAAAGCACCACUGCCGGAACUGUGGCCACAUCUUCUGCAACACCUGCUCCAGCAACGAGCUGGCCCUGCCCUCCUACCCCAAGCCGGUGCGAGUGUGCGACAGCUGCCACACCCUGCUCCUGCAGCGCUGCUCCUCCACGGCCUCCUGAACGUCCGUCCUCAGGAGCACAGCCUCAUGGACAGUGCCAAACUCUGUGGGUCUCCAGGGGCUUGGGAAAUGUGUUCUUUCCCAAGAGAAUCAAAGGAAAGAAUCAAAUUUCUUGCCCGGCCACUGGCACUCCAGAAGACAGCGUGCCGGAACCAGCAGCUCUCACCUUUCUGUGACUCGUUCGGAAUUAACUCCACUGGAUGGAAACUUCCAUCUUACUUGGUUACGUCACGGCUCUGGUUCAGAUACAACUUCAUGAUUUUGCUACUAUCAUUUUUCACUUUUCAAAGAAUUUAACCUAUUUUACAGCAGUUCAGUUCUGCUAGUGAGUAGUUUUCCUCUCCUACCUUCCUUCUAAAAACCUGAUUCAUGCACAGCGUUUGACACACAUGGAGUCUGCCAGUGUGCCUUCUCUGCUUCAGUCAAGAGAUCUGCCAUCUCAUGCCCUUGUGACUACCUAUCAUUGGCCCUGCAAUAAAAUCAUUUAUUUUUCA